GAGUAUUUAGGGCGUAUGCGGCGAUGCGGUCUCAGCUCUCGCGAGGUUUCGUCUUCCGGGAAUCGCUGGGGGACGUUCUCGGUGAACUGUGUGGCGAUGUGUGGGGACUGUGUGAAGAAGGAGUACCCCAAUCGGGGAAACACCUGUCUGGAGAAUGGAUCAUUCUUACUGAACUUCACAGGCUGUGCGGUGUGCAAUAAGCUGGAUUUUAUGCUGAUCACAAACAGAUCCCUGAAGGAGGAAGAUGGAGAAGAAAUAGUUACCUAUGAUCAUCUGUGUAAGAAUUGUCAUCAUGUAGUAGCGAGACAUGAGUAUACAUUCAGUAUCGUGGAUGAAUUUCAGGAGUACACCAUGCUGUGUCUGUUGUGUGGCAAAGCUGAAGAUACCAUCAGUAUUCUCCCUGAGGACCCCCGACAAAUGGCUCUGUUGUUCUAAGCUUCCUGCGGGUCUGUGUACGAUGCUGGCUCGGUUUACAUAUAGCAGGUCUAAUGGUUUGUCUAAUAACGAAAGUUCUUUAUGGGCUUUUUCUGCUUACAUUUACCUACUUGGAAGAAAAAGCAAUUUGGGGAGUUGCUGUUUCCUAGAGUCGAGCUCCUCUGCGAAGGUCCCUGUGCACAUCAGGGCAGCCAGAGUGGAACGUCUUUGCUAGCUGUUAUUUGGCAUGUUCUGUACUCAGAGGCUGGAAUCCAGGACUCCUUGCAAAAGUCAAUGACGAAAUGGGGAGGAAUUCCUCCUGGUGAACUUAGAGUAUGUUGUGCUACAAAAAAUAAACAAACAACAACAAAAACCCACAAACAACAAACCACAGUGAUUAAGGGAUGGUCAGACAAGACUCCCAGUGAACACAGCAGUAGUAAUUUGAAAAUAAGAGGCUUGAUAUUGGAUUAUGGCCCAGAAUGUGUCCUCAAUAUCCAUGGGUCCAUGGUGAUAGCAGUGAUUGGGUGGAUGGAUGGAUAAAAAUAAGUAAGGGAGGGAGAGAGAGAGAAAGGAAGGGGCGUGGAUUUCCCAUGUCCUACUUCCUCAGUGUGGGCUGUGUGCCUUCCCUCCAGAGGAGCAUGGAGAGGGAAGAUUGACUUUGAGGAAGAGAGCCCUAACACACCCCGGCUUAGCCGGGCGAUCAAGGUUAAUACUGCCAAUUCUAGCCAUCUUGAUGUCUGGCACCCUUGAUAUGAUGCAAUGUGAAGAUCUCUGUGUUUUUCUUCCCAGAGAGCCAUAAUCUGUAAUCAUAAGAACCACCAAGUUCAGUUCUACAGACUGGUAGUAUCUUUCAAAGCUACUAAGGUCUUCAAAAAUAAGGAAAAUCUGAGAAACUAGGAGGCAAAGGAGGCAUGGUAACUGAAUGUAAUGUGACCUAAAUGGAAGCCUACCCCAGAGGAAGGACGCAUGGGAGAAACCAGAGACACUGAGUAAAGGAUGUAGCAUAAGUUUAUAGGGUCUCAUUUACUCCAAAGGGAUCGUAGAAUGUGUUGUGUGCAUAAUUGAAAGAGCACUAGCUUGGUGGUGACAGCACUGGCAUUUAGACCACAUUGUCCUUUGGAAGCAGACAGCCACUGAACAGUACUCUAGACUUCAGUAUCCUGUUUCUGUAAAACUAGGCUAACAGAAUGUGAUAUGUACUCCUUUUGCAGUAUUGCUAGGAGACCCAAAUGAAUUAGUGAAUGUAAAAUACUUCAGAAAGCCGCCUAUACAGUGUUCUAGAUACAAUAUGUGCCUUCAGUUCUUAGUCUGACACCCAAACUUAAAGGGAACAGGCAUCAGAAACGAAAUUGCUGGGGCUGGAAAAAUGGCUCAUCGGUUAAGAGUACUGGCUACUCUUUUAAA